GAGAGAGAACGGUCAGUGUUGCUCCGGUUUUCUUGAAGAAGUGAUAUCGUUCUGUUAAAUUUGAGGUUUAAGAAGGGCCACAUUUGACGGUCGUGUGAAAACCUGGAUAUAAUGGCGCAGUUUGGGUUUGAGAACGACAUCCAUAGCAUCUUGAAGCUGGAUAUGCCCAUCACAAACGCUCCCAUGGCAAGGUGGCAGAGGAAGGCCAGCUCAUCAAACUCAUCCGCCUUGAACGGGUUGUCUCCUGGCAAAUCUGCCAAUGUGUCGCGCAGUUCAUCAAAAACACCAGGCAAUAAUAAAAAGCGUACACCGACUAAGAUGGGGGGCGACCGCUUCAUUCCCACAAGAAACCGCAAACAAAUGGAUGUGGCAAGUUUUCUGCUCUCAAAAGAAAAUCAGCCUGUGGACACAAAUGAUACAACAGAAACAUCAAAAGCCUGGUCUAUGUCACUAAAUGGAUACAACAUUGAAGAUUCAAAGAUCCUUCACCUUGGAGGGAAACCGCUAAAUGCUCCAGAAGGCUAUCAAAACAACUUGAAAGUCCUCUACAGUCAGGGUGCAACCCCUGCCUCAGUCAAAAAGACAAGAUACAUAUCUUCAAAUCCUGACAAAUUCCUGGAUGCUCCUGAUGUUCGAAAUGAUUUCUAUUUGAAUGUGAUUGACUGGAGCAGUCAAAAUGUUGUCGCUGUGGCACUUAAUAACCGUGUUUACCUGUUGGAUUACGCACAAGAUCGAAUCUUUUUCCUCAUGAGGUUGGCGAGUGAGGAGGACUACAUCUGCUCACUAUCCUGGGCCAAAGGGGGAAACUACUUAGCUAUCGGCACCAGUGACUGCAAAGUUCAGUUGUGGGAUGUUUACAAUCGGACGCGGGUACGCAGCUUGGCCAGCCAUACGUCUAGAGUCGCUUCCCUGAGCUGGAAUGACCAUGUUCUCACCAGGUACAGGUUUUUUUUCCUCAUUUCUGAUAAUGGACAAAAACUUGCAAGUGUGGGUGUGUGGCUUUCUUUCCCUAGUGGCUCGAGAUCAGGACACAUCCACCAUCAUGAUGUGAGGGUGGCAGACCACCACAUCUUUACGCUUACUGGUCACUCACAGGAGGUGUGUGGGCUAAAGUGGUCACCUGAUGGGCGAUACCUGGCCAGUGGAGGCAAUGAUAACUUGGUUUAUGUAUGGCCACGUAUGCAAGAGGGUGGCACCACCAACUCUGUCCAAUGCUGGAGUGAUCAUCAAGGAGCUGUGAAAGCUUUGGCCUGGUGUCCGUGGCAGUCAGGUAUCCUCGCAUCUGGAGGUGGUACCAGUGACCGUCACAUCCGCAUCUGGAAUGUUAACAGUGGCUCCUGCAUCAGUUCACUUGACACUCAGUCCCAGAUCUCAUCACUGUUGUUUUCACCCAACUACAAAGAACUUGUCUCUGCCCAUGGAUAUGCCCAUAACAAUGUUGUUAUCUGGAAGUACCCUGCUCUCACCAGGGUUGCAGAGCUCAAAGGCCACGAGGACAGAGUUCUCAGUUUGAUUCUGAGUCCAGACUGCUCGACUAUUGCAACUAUUGCUGGAGAUGAGACUAUCCGCAUGUGGAAGAGCUUUGAAGUGGAUCCUGUUAAAAAGGCCAAGGAGAGGCUGGUCAAAUCAACUAGCAGUGUAAUUCAUCAGUCAAUCAGAUAGUUUGCUUUGUCUUGGUGUUUUUUUGUUGUUGUUUUUUUAGGUUUUGACUUCCUUCUGUGUAUGGACAGUGUUGCUCCGUGACUAUAACCAAAACCUUUGCUAAAGUACCAACAGCCCACUGUCUGAAAUGCAUAUGGUCUGGAUUCCAGACCACAUUAUUUUAUGCACUUUAAUAUAUGUAUCACACUUUACACUGGUGCUUCUUUUAUUGCAUAUCAUUUUUGUAUUUGUGCAUAUAUAAAUACACACACACACACACACACAGAAAUUUAAACAUGAUUGCGGUCUUUUAAUAUUUUCUGGACUAAGCUAUUCAGGGAACACUAAUGUAAAAAGAAACACAAUGACAAUGUUCCAUUUCAAGCAUGUACAAUAUCUAAUGCAAGUCAAGACAGAAAGACAGAAAAUGUCACAAAUUGUCUUAAAGUCUGUAGAUAAGGCCCUGCUUAAAGUGUUUUGUUUUGCCAGUGAUAGACCAAUCACACUGAACUCUGCCAAACACUGGAUGGACUACUUUAAGUGUGUCCAGUUAUCCAAAGGGUCGGAUUGUGUGGUUUGGUUUGAGAUACCAUCCUUAUGGUUUUACUAUUUCUUUGUGAUGCUGUUACAAUGUUGGGACUGUCUAUGUUUUCCCUAUUCAUGUAAACUUUAAGAAAUCGUUAAAUUAAAGAUUAUUUUAUGGAAUGUUUAUUCCAUAUUUUUUUC